AUGGCGGAGCUUUCACCAGCUGAAAAGUCUAUCAUCAAGGAGCACCCUUUAGCCGGCUCACUUAAUUAUUUAUGCGGCUUGCUGCAAGAAGCAGAGACAAUCUACAAGUCACAUCUAAUUUCAUCCGACGGUGUCAUUGAUAGUCUUGACCAACUCUAUCAAAAUGCGCUUUCAAAACUUUUUUUAGCUCUUAUGGAUGAAGUGGCAGCGCUUAAUCUUCCCUCACGAAUUGCCGAUCAAAACGUGGAUUCAGAUUUGGCAGACUUAUUUAAGCGCAUCCGGCGAGGCCACCUCCGCUACGAUCAUUGUCGACCGCUAGUCCAGCUUGUCAUCCAUAAGGCUCCCGACGUUGACCUAUGGAAGGCCGUCUUCGACCUGCUACCAUCUCUCGAGAAACUCCCCCCUCGAGCGUUCCUCCCUCGUUCGAUGCUACUCCGCUGGUGGAAGGGAGGAUAUUUGAAGAGAUACGUGGGUGCACCUUUCGAGACAUGGAGGGCUUCUUCACCAAAUACUUUGAAGGAAAGGAUUGGAGCGCGAGGGCGGAUGCCAUCUGUCGACGCGAUCCUAGAACCCGGCAGCGACAGUGAAUGGGCCAGGUUCCCCGAUCCCCCUGUGCAGCUGUCCUUGACUGGUGGCUUCGGUUCCAGGAUAACUUCCUCUCGGACGCGCGCGGUGUCUACUUCUCAACAGCAAGUAAGAAGGAUCUCGUCGGCUCGGAGGCAGAGCGACAGGCGAACUGAAGAAGUCAUUGGACGAGAUCCGGACAAGCUGCUUCAGCUUGCACGCUAUGUGCGGGAAGUGUUUAUCGCCCAGCCAGCUCGCCGGUUCGUGCAUGCGUUCGUGGUCUGCGGGACCAACAUGGAAGCCUGGAUGUUCGACUGCUCUGGGCCCUACAGCUCUGGAGUGUUUGAUGUUUAUAAGGACGCAGCACGGUUUUUUUUGAUAGUCCUAGGGUAUGUGAUGAUGAGCAACAAGGAGCUGGGUCUUGACACCUUCACCACCCCGGGCGGGAAUGGCAGCCAAACAAUAGCCGUCGAUGGCGCUGGAACUGCAGAGGGAACGUUGCUGCGACUCGACCCUGUUCCACCCUGCUCCCAGUACACCAGUGUAUGUCGCGGGACAGGCUGUUUCCUCGCAAAGGACAGCAAUAAAGUGGAGGGUGUGGCGAAAUUCUCAUGGACAUCUGACAAGCAACAGCCAGAGGUGGACCUCCUCCAGCUCGCAAACUGGAGAGGUGUCCAGGGGAUUGCAAGGGUCAUCAGGCAUUGCACCAUCACCAGCAUUGCGGACCUACACCGCAGCCUGAUGUUCAGCAACCCUCACACCUUCCAAAGCAGGAACACCAGCACAGCCUCAUUGUUUGCGCAAUUGCAAUCCCAAUUGAAGCCAUCCAGGAAACGCAGAUUGCCCGACACCAGACCACAUGCAGCCAAGCAAUCAUUCCAUAUGCCUAGUCUCUUUGACAAGGAUGAUGAAGUGUAUGACAACCGCAUCCUCCGCUGCCUGGUGAUCUCACCUGCUGGCCGGCCCAUUUAUGAAUAUGAAUCGCCCUUGGAGCUGCUCAUGGCACUUCGAGAUGCAAUAAAGGCGCAUUGGUCUUUGUACCUUGACAGGAACAUUCUACAUAGGGAUAUCUCAGAGAACAACAUCAUCAUCACUGACUCUACCAACAUUGGCGGCACAUCAGGCGUGCUCAUCGAUCUCGACCUCGCCAAAGAGGUUGGUAGCGGACAGAGCAGCGCACAACACCAGACAGGCACGAUGGAGUUCAUGGCAAUCGAGGUGCUCCUCAAUGUCGACCACACCUAUCAUCACAAUCUUGAAUCUUUCUUCUACGUGCUGAUCUGGCAGUGCGCCCGUUGUGGCUGGAUGAAUUUAAAAAAAUUACAGCUGGAAUCACAUGAAGGGCAAAAACCGCCCAAGGAUAGUAUGCUAAAAGAGUGGUAUACUGGAACCUAUAAGAAAAUCACGAGGAUCAAGAGAAGUGAUAUGGGUGUUGACGGGUUUGAUGAUAUUUUGUCCGAAUUUCCUCCAUGGUUUGAAUGCAUCAAACCACUCUGCAAUGCUGUUCGGGAUACACUAUUUCCUUACGGGAAGACAGGGCUUAUUGUUGGCACCCCGCAGGAUCCAAAGAGGCUAUACGAUCCUAUUAUCAAGGCGUAUGAGGACGCGAUAGCUCUACUCGAAGCUGGAAAAAUUUAAUGUUGGGUGAUGUCGGCUCGGACAAUAUCUUUAGCCUAUGAAUAUUAUAUCUCUUUGAACAUUAUGAUGUUUGAAUAAUUACGAUUUGGGAAUACCAGUCUUUCUUGAAUAAUCAG